AUGAGGAAAUUCUUCAAAGACGCCAAGAAGAAGAUUGAAGCCGAGAUCGCGGCCAUCACUGGCGACGAUGAGUCUCAGCAGCAACAGCAGCAGCAGCAGCAGCAGUACCCGCCGCCUCCGCAGCAGCCGGGGCAGGGUUUCGAGAGAGCUGUGUUUGCUCACUUUAUGCUGAGCAACACGUGCGACUAUACUGUUGACGAAUUCAAGGUCGACAUCGGGUUGGCCCAAGAAGCACACAUUGAUGCUUUCGUGUUGAACUUUGGUCUCCAUGAGGAGGCCAUCGCGAAGCUCCCGGACGUUUUUGCGGCGGCUGAACAGACCGGCUUCAAGCUCCUCAUCUCUUUCGACUACGAGGGAGCUGGACCUUGGCCCAAAGAGCGAGUCAUCGACAUCAUUAGCAGGUUUGGCCCCUCUCCGGCGUACUUCAAGCGUGGAUGGCAGCCUGUAGUGUCCACCUUUGAGGGCGUCGGCAGCGCCGCCGACUGGCACGAGAUCAAGGCAGCGACGGGCUGUUUCUUCAUCCCCUCAUUCUCCUCCGUCGGCGCCGAGAAUGCCAUGGGGACCGGCGUCACAGACGGCCUCUUUAGCUGGGCGGCAUGGCCCCACGGAAACAGCCGGAAGCUGGACGACGGGCUGGAUGCGUCUUACAGACACUUCUUGGGCCCGCACAGGCCGUACAUGGUGGCUGUUUCGCCUUGGUUCUACACGAACCUGCCCACGUGGAACAAGAACUGGGCGUGGAAGGGAGACGACCUUUGGAACGAUCGCUGGAACGAGAUUCUGGCCAUGAGGCCCGAAUAUGUGCAGAUUCUCACCUGGAACGACUUUGGGGAGUCCCACUACAUCGGGCCGCUCCACGAGAAGCAGUUUGGCGCUUUCGAGUAUGGCAAGGCGCCUUUCAAUUACGUUCGCGACAUGCCCCACGACGGCUGGCGUCUCCUCUUGCCUUUCCUCAUCGACCUGUACAAGUACGGGACCGCCACGGUCACGAGAGAAGGCCUGGUGACGUGGUACCGCCUGCACCCCGGGGACGCUGGCGACUCGGGCGGAACCACGGGCAACACCAGCAGCCACGGGCAAGAGCUCUUCCACCCGGCCGAGAUCAUGGAAGACAAGAUUGUCUACUCUGCGCUCCUCACCGGACCGGCGCAAGUGACAGUCAGCGUCGGCGGCGUCGCGGAAGAGGGGUCUUGGGACGACGACGGGGUUCCCAAAGGGGGUGUUGGCGUCUAUCACGGAAGCGUGCCCUUCAACGGCAGGACUGGCGAGGUGGUGGUCACCGUCCACCGCGGGAGUGAAGUCGUUGUCCAAGUCCAAGGCCGGCCCAUUACGACUGAGUGCUCGCAUGGCGGAAUGAACAACUGGAACGCAUGGGUCGGGGCUGCAAACUCCCAAGUGGGAACACAUGCGGUUGCGCACCUGGAAUGA